AUGGUUGGAAAACUGAAGCAGAAUUUACUAUUGGCAUGUCUGGUGAUUAGUUCAGUGACUGUAUUUUACUUGGGCCAACACGCCAUGGAAUGCCAUCACCGAAUAGAAGAACGUAGCCAGCCCCUCAAACUGGAGAACAUAAAGACCACUGUGCGAACUGUCCUGGACAUCAAAGCCAAUAAAACCUUUGCCUAUCACAAAGAUAUGCCUUUAAUAUUUAUUGGAGGUGUGCCACGGAGUGGAACCACGCUCAUGAGGGCCAUGCUAGAUGCACACCCUGAUAUUCGCUGUGGAGAGGAAACCAGGGUCAUUCCUCGAAUCCUGGCUCUGAAGCAGAUAUGGUCACGGUCGAGUAAGGAGAAAAUACGCUUGGAUGAGGCUGGUGUCACUGAUGAAGUGCUGGAUUCUGCCAUGCAGGCCUUCUUACUAGAAAUCAUUGUGAAGCAUGGGGAGCCAGCCCCUUAUUUAUGUAAUAAAGAUCCUUUUGCCCUGAAAUCCUUAACUUACCUUGCUAGGUUAUUCCCCAAUGCCAAAUUUCUCCUGAUGGUCCGAGAUGGCCGGGCAUCAGUGCAUUCAAUGAUUUCUCGAAAAGUUACCAUAGCUGGAUUUGACCUGAACAGCUAUAGGGACUGUUUGACCAAAUGGAAUCGUGCCAUCGAGACCAUGUAUAACCAGUGUAUGGAGGUUGGCUAUAAAAAAUGCAUGUUAGUUCACUAUGAGCAACUUGUCUUACAUCCAGAACGAUGGAUGAGAACAGUCUUAUUAAAGUUCCUCCAAAUUCCUUGGAACCAUUCAGUAUUACACCAUGAAGAGAUGAUUGGAAAAGCUGGGGGAGUAUCUCUCUCAAAAGUGGAGAGAUCUACAGACCAAGUCAUCAAGCCAGUCAAUAUGGGCGCUCUGUCAAAAUGGGUUGGGAAGAUACCUUCAGAUGUUUUACAAGACAUGGCAGUGAUUGCACCCAUGCUUGCCAAACUGGGAUAUGACCCAUAUGCCAAUCCACCUAACUAUGGAAAACCUGAUCCCAAAAUUCUAGAAAACACCAGAAGGGUCUACAAAGGAGAAUUUCAGCUACCUGAAUUUCUUAAAGAAAAACCUCAGUCUGAGCAAGUGGAGUAG